AUGGCACAAUGGCGUUUGAGUGCGAUAUUUUUCGGUCAUGUCCAGGAGGGAAUGGUUGCAAGGAUGGAGAGGAUACAAGGAUUGGCUGGUCUUACACUAGAUGGCAAGGGAAGGCGUUGGAGGCGUCGCAACCACCGUGUUGGUUGCCAACCCUGGAUUUGUAUCAAGUUGCUAUUGCUGUUGCUAUUUGAUGGUCCUGUGUGCGAAUUCCGUCUUGCCCGUCUUGCGGCACACCAGCCAUGCAAGGCGACGCUCUGGCAUGGCGGGUACUUUGGUGAUGCGUCAGUGGUUGCCAGCCCUAGAUUUGUACUUUAUCAAGUUGCUGUUGCUAUUUGA